AUGGAGGCUGCAGGGCUGCCCCAGGCCAGGAGGUGCUGCCAGGAGGCCCUGGAGACACUCCUCCCUCGCCUCUGCUUUCUCUGCUCCCUGGUGACCUACGCCAUGCUGGGCGCCCUGCUCUUCUCAGCCAUUGAGGGUGGCCGGGACCUGGGGGCGGGUGACCCAGAGUUUGAGGAUUUCUUGGAGCAGCUCUGUGGCCUCUUAAAAUGCAACAGAACUGGGAUGGAAGACAGGAAGAUGGACCUCCGGCAGCUGCUGUCCAAGGUGAAGCCCCAGUGGUCUAGCAGGUCCGCAGACUGGUCCUUCCUGAGCUCGCUCUUCUUCUGUUGCUCGGUGAUCAGCACCGUGGGUUACAGCCACGUCUACCCCGUCACCAGGCUCGGCAAGUACCUGGUCAUGCUCUACGCGCUCUUCGGCAUCCCCCUGAUGGUCCUGGUGCUCACGGACACGGGCGACAUCCUAGCAACCAUCCUGUCCAGGUGCUACAAUCGGUUCCAAGGACUCCUCCCGCUCCGCCCUCCGCUCUCCAAAUGGUGCUCCCGACUGCUCUGCCGGAGAAGGCCUGCCGCCAAGCCCAUGGACCCAACCAUCCCCAGGGUCAUCAUCAGCGCCCAGGAGCCCCCGGGCCCCAAACCCGGCAUGUGUCCCUCCGCCCCCAGCAACAGCACGGAGCUGCUCGAGGGGCUCCUGGCGGGAGACACACAGAACACGCUGCAACCGCCCCCUCGGGCUGUGCCCAGGAGUAACUCCUGCCCCGAGCUGGUGUCGGGGAGACUCUCCUACUCCGUCAUCAGCAACCUGGACGAGGUGGGCCGGCAGGUGGAGCGGCUGGACGUGCCCCUGCCCGUCAUCGCUCUCCUGGUGCUCGCCUACAUCUCCUGCGCAGCCGCCAUCCUCCCCGCCUGGGAGCAGCACCUGGACUUCCAGGAUGCCUUCUACUUCUGCUUCGUCACGCUGACCACCAUCGGGUUUGGGGACACCGCCUUGGAACACCCCCACUUCUUCUUGUUUUUCUCUCUCUACAUCAUCGUUGGGAUGGAGAUCGUGUGCAUCGCUUUCAAGCUGGUGCAGAACAGGCUGAUUCGCAUGUACAAGCAGCUCAUGCUGCUCUUCGCCAAAGGGAAGUGUUAG